CGCUAAAGGCAACCAAGGUUGGUUUGCAGAUAAACAACCGAAGAAGAAGAAAAAGCGGAAACGAGGAGCAGGAAAACACCCGUAGGAGCAGCAGAGCCGCGAUUAUUGGUUAUAGAUCAGCUGGGAUCGAUCAGCCGAGAGAUGUACUACUACCGCUACGAGAAUGGAGAGGUCAGCUGCUGCUACAAGUACCUGAUGUUCAGCUACAACAUCAUCUUCUGGCUAGCAGGAGCUGCCUUCAUCGGCAUCGGGUUCUGGGCCUGGAGCGAGAAGGGGGUUCUGUUGGACCUGACCCAGGUGACCAAGCUGCACGGUUUUGACCCGGUCUGGCUGGUUCUGGUGGUCGGUGGCGUCACCUUCACUCUGGGCUUCGCUGGCUGUGUUGGAGCGCUGAGGGAGAACAUCUGUCUGCUGAAGUUUUUCUCAGGCGUCAUCGGCUUCAUCUUCUUCUUGGAGCUGACCGUGGCGGUUCUGGCCGUGGUGUUCCAGAGUCAGGUCCGAGACUGGAUCAACGACUUCUUCCUGCAGAACAUCAAAGGGUACCGGGACGACAUCGACCUGCAGAACCUGAUCGACUCCGUGCAGAAGAUGAACCACUGCUGCGGGGCGAAGGAACCAGACGACUGGAACCUGAACGUCUACUUCAGCUGUAACGAAACCAACAAGAGCAGAGAGAAGUGCGGCGUUCCCUUCUCCUGCUGCCUCAUGGACCCGGCCGACACGGUUCUGAACACUCAGUGUGGCUACGAUGUGAGGUCCAAACCCAAGGUGAGCUCGGUUCCUGCUGAGAGCACCUCCAGUGUGUUCCAGCUGGACCGUGGAGGUUCUGAAGGUUCUGUGUGUCCCAGCUGGACCAUGGAGGUUCUGAAGGUUCUGUGUUCCAGCUGGACCGUGGAGGUUCUGAACGGUUCUGUGUGUUCCAGCUGGACUGUGGAGGUUCUGAACGGUUCUGUGUGUCCCAGCUGGACCGUGGAGGUUCUGAAGGUUCUGUGUUCCAGCUGGACCGUGGAGGUUCUGAACGGCUCUGUGUUCCAGCUGGACCGUGGAGUUUCUGAAGGUUCUGUGUUCCAGCUGGACCGUGGAGGUUCUGAACGGUUCUGUGUGUUCCAGCUGGACCGUGGAGGUUCUGUGUUCCAGCUGGACCGUGGAGGUUCUGAAGGUUCUGUGUGUCCCAGCUGGACCGUGGAGGUUCUGAACGGUUCUGUGUUCCAGCUGGACCGUGAAGGUUCUGAAGGUUCUGUGUUCCAGCUGGACCGUGGUGGUUCUGAAGGUUCUGUGUGUUCCAGCUGGACCGUGGAGGUUCUGAACGGUUCUGUGUGUUCCAGCUGGACCGUGGAGGUUCUGAAGGUUCUGUGUUCCAGCUGGACCGUGGAGGUUCUGAAGGUUCUGUGUUCCAGCUGGACCGUGGAGGUUCUGUGUUCCAGCUGGACCGUGGAGGUUCUGAAGGUUCUGUGUUCCAGCUGGACCCUGGAGGUUCUGAAGGUUCUGUGUGUUCCAGCUGGACCGUGGAGGUUCUGUGUGUCCCAGCUGGACUGUGGAGGUUCUGAACGGUUCUGUGUGUCCCAGCUGGACCAUGGAGGUUCUGAACGGUUCUGUGUGUUCCAGCUGGACCCUGGAGGUUCUGAAGGUUCUGUGUGUCCCAGCUGGACUGUGGAGGUUCUGAACGGUUCUGUGUGUCCCAGCUGGACCAUGGAGGUUCUGAACGGUUCUGUGUGUUCCAGCUGGACCCUGGAGGUUCUGUGUUCCAGCUGGACCGUGGAGGUUCUGAACGGCUCUGUGUUCCAGCUGGACCGUGGAGGUUCUGAAGGUUCUGUGUUCCAGCUGGACCGUGGAGGUUCUGAAGGUUCUGUGUUCCAGCUGGACCGUGGAGGUUCUGAACGGUUCUGUGUGUUCCAGCUGGACCGUGGAGGUUCUGAAGGUUCUGUGUGUCCCAGCUGGACCGUGGAGGUUCUGAACGGUUCUGUGUUCCAGCUGGACCGUGAAGGUUCUGAAGGUUCUGUGUUCCAGCUGGACCGUGGUGGUUCUGAAGGUUCUGUGUGUUCCAGCUGGACCGUGGAGGUUCUGAACGGUUCUGUGUUCCAGCUGGACCGUGGAGGUUCUGAACGGUUCUGUGUGUUCCAGCUGGACCGUGGUGGUUCUGAAGGUUCUGUGUGUUCCAGCUGGACCGUGGAGGUUCUGAACGGUUCUGUGUUCCAGCUGGACCGUGGAGGUUCUGAACGGUUCUGUGUGUUCCAGCUGGACCGUGGAGGUUCUGAAGGUUCUGUUCCAGCUGGACCGUGGAGGUUCUGUUCCAGCUGGACCGUGGAGGUUCUGAACGGUUCUAUGUGUUCCAGCUGGACCGUGGAGGUUCUGAAGGUUCUGUUCCAGCUGGACCGUGGAGGUUCUGAAGGUUCUGUGUGUUUAACAGGGCGAGUGGGAACAACAGAUCUUCGUGAAAGGUUGCAUCACGGCGCUGGAGGACUGGUUACCCAGAAACCUGUACACCGUGGCCAUCGUGUUCAUCGUCAUCUCUCUGCUGCAGAUGGUGGGGAUCUACCUGGCACGAACGCUGAUCUCCGACAUUGAAAAGUUCAAACACUGAGGCCUCCACCUGCGGGGGCGGAGCCUAAACCAGGUGUAUCUGGCCAGGUUUCUGCAGUCCCAUGUGCCUUCAUCAUCUUCCUCUGGUGGCCUGUUUGCUAUGGUUACUGAAAAUGACUGAACGUUAAUUAUAAUAACCUGUUAGUUAGUGAUGGACUGCUGUGCACCUGAAUGCCUUCACUCCUGCUUCACCUCAGAGGCCUUUCAGCUCAGAUUGAUCCUGUGGGAGCCCGUCAUCAUCAUCAUCAUCAUCAUCAUCAUCAUCAUGUCUGACCCGCCCAACGCCUUUAGAAACAUGGGCUUACUUCCUCCACCUGUGUCCGGAUACAGAAACCAUCUCACUGGUUCCGGUUUGGACUUUGUGGUUCUGGAUCGAUCCUGGAUCGGGUCAGGGGCCGGUUCUGGUUCCUGCAUCCUGACAGCAGGUGGAAGGUCCUGUAAAUUGAUCCGGGUCACAUGACCUGUUUAAAUGAAUGUGAAUAGCCUUAUUGACACUGGAAGACGGUGCGAAUAAAGUUUGGUUUGAAUAUUCGUGCUGCGACCGGAGAAACGAUUGAUCAUUACUGAUCCAGCCUCUGCUGGGACCUUUACUUUAAGGAAAUGAUUUUUUUACAAAGUGAAUUUUUACCUUUUUUAUAUUCAGUGUAAUUAAAUGACUUUUCCUCUCA